AUGACCGGCCCGUCGAUACAAGACAGGACCAGCGAGUUCAGCGCGAUCUUGGGCCACGCCCAGAAGCGCCUGGGGACAUCGAAAGUUGGUUCGCAGCGCCAGGCAUUGUUGACUGAUGCGCAAAGGCGACAAGCCAAUGUGUCGCCCCAAGGUCCCGUACAGGAGGCGAAGGCGGCAAGGUCGGAGUUCGCACGGCGGGCGCGAGAUAUCGGAAGGGGGAUAACUGGAACAAUGGCAAAAUUGCAGCGAUUGGCUGAAUUGGCGAAGCGGAAAACACUCUUCGACGACCGGCCUGUCGAGAUCUCCGAGUUGACAUACGUGAUUAAGCAAGACCUCGCUGCUUUAAACCAAAACAUCGCCUCGCUACAGGCGCUCACCCAAGCGCAACACCCCAAAUCGAAUCGCUCGAAGACAGACCAGGAGGGAGAACACAAUGACAAUGUUGUUGUUAUGCUGCAGGGAAAGCUGGCCGAUGUAGGCGCUAGUUUCAAAGAGGUACUGGAAGUCCGCACGAAGAAUAUUCAAGCAUCCCGAACUCGAACCAAGAACUUCGUUUCCUCGGUAUCGUCCAAAUCACACAGCGCCCUCGACGCACAGCGCUCAGACUCGCCUUUGUAUAACACCGCGGGACGACGGACACCUCAGCCCGGAUAUCAAGGCAACUCCUCCGACCUUUUGACCCUCGAGCCCUCAAACCCUUCGCCCUUGGGGCGUCCGUCCUUCCAAUCAGAUCAACAACUGAUGGUAAUGGAAGAAGGAGAAUCGAGUAAUACAUAUGUUCAAGCUCGAGGCGAAGCCAUCGAAGCCAUUGAGCGAACCAUCAGCGAAUUGGGUGGCAUUUUUGGUCAGCUGGCGCAGAUGGUUAGCGAACAGUCAGAAAUGAUUCAACGCAUAGAUGCCAAUACCGAAGAUGUGGUCGACAACGUCCAGGGAGCACAGAGAGAACUAAUGAAGUAUUGGACGCGUGUCUCCGGCAAUCGCUGGCUAAUUGCCAAAAUGUUUGGUAUUCUGAUGAUUUUCUUCCUUCUCUGGGUCCUGAUUUCGUGA